AGCAGAACAGAGACCAUGAAGAUCAAAAGCUUUGGACUCCUUUGUGUGUUGAUGCUGGUCUCCCAGAUGCUACAAGCCAACUGUGAAAGACAGAAGGAAAGAAAAAAGGGAAGACAAGGCAUAGAACAUGGUGGAAAAAACCAAAAGGAAUCUAACCAAGGAAAAGAAAAAGGGCAGAAGUCAAAAGGAGGAAAAUCAUUUCCUAAAGGCAAGUUUGAAACCAAAGAAAAUGCUGAGUGCACCUGGUCAGUGACAGACACAAAUGCUGUUACUGUGCACGUACAGUGCAAGCAUGGUGACAGUGAGUUCUGGUGUGAAUUCUCUGGAGACCCUUCUAGCUGUGCACAGUAUGCAGCAAACCAGAAAUCCUACUGGAAACAAGUCUCCCGAUCUCUAAAGAAGCAGAAGCAGAUUUGUCGAGACCCUAAAAGUGUACUAAAAUCUAAAUUAUGUAGGAAAGGCCCACAAAGUGCUCACCUCAGGUUGACUCACUCAAGUCUACUAACAGCAGUGGGUCCUGCCAAAGAGAACACAAUGCAUCACACAAAAGAAGUUGCUCAGACUCCAGCAGAUGCCUCUGUGACUGAAAAAAGGCUAGAACACAGUCCUCAAGACUGUGUCGAAGAUGUAGAUUACGUUGACCAGAAAAAGGUGGCUGAGGAAUACUGUCCAGAAAGCUUGCUUUCUUUCUGCAACUUUUUUAUCACAAUGGUCCAAGACAAACGAUGCUGAGGAAGUGUUUCCAAAGCACUGGAUCA